AUGCCAGGUUCGAACCGUGAAGAAGAGGACCGCUCACGGCUUGUCGGCUUCGAGAUCGAGAUUUUCAAACUCCUCCGGAGGGAGGCAACUCCGGAGCAGUGGAAGGAGUGGCUUCGAGCACCUCUGGAGCAUGCCGCGGCCGAGGGGAACUUGGAUCUAUUCACACGGCUGAUGGACGCUGGUGCCAACACGGAAGCAGGCUGGCGGGGAUGUCAUGGCCGAACACUGCUGGGUGCGGCUGCACUUGGUAGGAGUGAGAAGAUGAUACGCACCCUGCUCACCGCGGGGGCGACGGAUGACGUGAACGUCCUCUUCGGGGGUGAAAGCGAGUCCGCUCUCCACGUUGCAGCAGCGCGGGGUGCUGACGACACAUGCAGGGCGCUCAUGAUCGCUGGAGCAGACCCGAAUGUGCGUGACCGGGUGGGUCGUAGUCCGCUCCACGUCGCUGCCGAAGCUGGGCACCACCGAGUUGCAGGUAGCCUUCUUCUGAACAAGUCCGAUGUAGACGCGAGGACGGCUUAUCGGGAGACUCCUCUGCACCUGGCUGAUUCCGAGGGCCAAGCGCUGUGCAUUUCUGAGCUUCUGCUGGGCGGUGCAGACAAGGAUGUGGUCGAUGGUUACGGUCAAACGCCACUGUUCAGGGCGGCAACAAACAACCACCCCAAGGCUGUCGAAGAGCUUCUAGCUGCUGGUGCCAACUGUGGCCUGCGUAGUAUGUGUACCAACGGCAGCCGUUGUUCUCCGCUCGAGAUUGCUGCAGGCAGAGGUCACGCGGACGUCUUGAAGGCCUUGCUAGACAAACGCAGUAGUGAAGUCGACACCGCCAAUGAUCUCGGGUGGGCGGCUUUACACUAUGUUGCUUCUUUCGAUGAAACUGUUCGCGACAAAGGUGAUGCUGUGCGUGUACUGUUGGGAGCUGGGGCUGAUGUCAACGUGAAGGGCACCAACGACUCCUGCGCCACGCCGCUCCAUCUUGCCGUGAAUCGUUGGAUGACAUCUACCGGCACGAUUUGCGCCCUGUUGGAGGGAGGGGCCAAUAUCAAUGCGCGCACUGCAGGCGACGAUACGCCACUGCACAUAGCUUGCACGCGUUUGAGAGGUAGUGUCGUGGAGCUUUUACUGCGUUGGGGAGCAGAUGAGAAGCUCCCGAACAACGAUGGAGACACACCCGCAGACGUGGUAGGAGUGUUGGAACAGAAUGACCUUGACGACGAAGAACGCGAGGCCGACAACCAGCGCAUACACCGAAUGUUGGCGCGCGCUCCAGCCGACAGGUCAUGGCGUCGCCGCGGCUGGCUGGUGCUGAGCCGCUCCUGCCCGACCAGGGUGCACAUUGCAAACGGCAGCAGCAGCAGCAGCAGCAUAAGCAGAAUCAACGGUAACUCCGCCAAGGUGGCGAGGGUCAGUGGCCAGGGUUCAAGUCGGGAUGAUGAGGAGACGGAAGACCAGAUGAUGGUGGACUUGAGGGAUCUGGUGGGCAGGCUGGUCGGACUGGAGGCAGAAGGCUUGUUCCGCUUGGUGGUGGGCUUUCUGUGA